GAAAGUAGAUUUCUCCUCUCUCACGCACAUGCAUACAGAAAUCAGGAAGGACAGACCUGCCUCGCCGAACAGCACAUAUCGAAGCGACGGGAUGGAGCCGUUCUCCUGCCUGCCUCUGCUCCUGGGGCUUUUCUUCAUCCCCUGCGCCCACGGCCAAGGCGCUGUGACAGGCACCACAAACGGUUCGAGUGCCCUGCAGCCCUGGCUGGUGGGCCUUGCCGCUGUCCUUGGCUUCCUUGGUGUGAUAUUCGUGGCCACCCUCAUCAAUCGCUUCUUCUUCUCCAAGACAAAGGAUAGCGAAGAGAAGAUGAUAGGCACCGAACUUCGCCCAGGCAACGUUUACGACAACAUCGCCAUGGAUCCCGAAGAGGGGAGCUCCCACGGAAAGGAGCCAGAUAGCGACAAGGUGACCAACAUGUAAGGUCCGGCUUGUGGGGGGCGAAGGACCAGGAAGCUCAGCCGGGUGCCGAUGUGACUGGCCGCAUGGAGCCGAUUCCCCCCGUUUGACCCAGCUCCGACAACCUCUCCGAGUCUUGACCACCUCUGCCUCUAGGGAUAAGGAGAUUUCAGUUCAGUUCCAGCCUCAACUAGAACCAGGGCCUUUUCAACACUGGCCCCGACCUGGUGGAACUCUCUGUCUCAUGAAACCAGGGCCCUGCGGGACCCGAUUUCGUUCCGCAGGGCCUGUAAGACAGAGUUGUUCCGCCUGACCUUUGGCCUGGACCCAACUUGAUCCCCUCCCCCACUUUCCCAUUUCCUUUCCGUACGAGGCCACAUUUUAAUUUUAAUGUUGUAUUUAAUCUUGUUUUUAAGUUCUAUCUUAAUCAAUUAUUUUAUAUCUGGUGUUAGCCGCAAUGAGCCCAGUUUUGGCUGGGGAGGGCGGGGUAUAAAUAAAAAUUAUUAUUAUUAUUAUUA